UUUCAUUUUCAUUUUUGCUGCGCCAUGGAGCUUGACCGACCGUUCCAGUGCCCCGUCGACGGCUGCAAGAAGCGCUUCAAGCGCCGAUUUACCUUGCACGAGCACCAAAAAACACAUACGGGGCUGCGGCCAUUUGCCUGCGUCGAGCCCAACUGCGGCAAGCGCUUUACCACAUCUGGGAACCUGAUUCGGCAUUCGCACACGCACCGCGUCGACAAGCCGUUCGCGUGCGCCUGGAACACGUGCGCCAAGCGGUUUUGCUCGCGCGAGAAGCUCGUGCGCCACCUCCCGACGCACGUUGGGCUGCGACCUUACGCCUGCCACGUGUGCGGUCAGUCGUUCUCGACGUCGGGGAACCUGGCGCGCCACACCAAGACGCAAGCCCAUGCGAGCACCCAAGGCGACGCGAUAUCAAGCUCAACGUGGAUGGAUUUGAGCCGGCUUCUUCUCAAGGACGACCUUCCGAUCGCAAAGACCAAGAAACGCAGUCGCGUCGCGGACGAGAUCGCCAUGCCGCGCGUACCACUAAAUGUCGAGCCAAUCCAAGUGCUGCCGUACGACGCGGAGCCGUGGAGUCGGGACGGACUCUGUAGCGCCAUGACGGCAGGUUUAUAGUUGUCGUAACUUCCUUUAUAACUUGGUGCUGGAUGGCACAGCGACAAUGCGGAGCUGGCAUCCAAACAAAAGACGCA